AUUCUAUUUUCAGUUGACGGUCCCCUGCAAUUAGUAGUCGCCGAAAACUGGCAGAUACGAAAAACUGGCCAAUCAUUUGAGAGCCUGAUUUAUUAAUGCCAUUAGUCACACUUGUGCGACUUUGCAAUACAUCACAACAUGUAGCAUUAGAGCGCGUCAAGUGAUGAUUGGAUAAAUGGAAACACAAUUCAAGUUCCAUCAACUAAGUAAUGUCUUAAUUUUCUCAUCCUUAGAUUCAUCAGCAAGGCACGCCAGAGUUAUGUAAAAAGGGCGUUUGUGAGAACACGCACGUUCGAAAAAUGGGUCAACAAAUCAGUGUAGAAACGUUAUGUGGACAAGAUGAAGACUUGGAGGGGCGAUACUGGUGCAGUUUUGAACCUUAUCCAUAUAGAGUCGGUGCUCGAAAGCUCUCAUACAUGGGGAUACUGAACGGUGAAGGCCCACGGAGAGGAAAGCGAUGUCUCGUGAAGGCAUUCCGGCAAGGCUGUGCCACAAGGGCGGAUUGGCAUCAUGAAAAAGAACGAGCGAUGAUGGCGAAAUCUUUAGCUUUAGAGUUUAAUAGAGAAAUGUCCGAAAUUGGUGAACGUGUGAAUCUUGUAUUCCAUACUCCAAUGCUUGUUGAAAUCGACGAAGUUUCUUCAUAUAUGUGCAUAGCUAUGUUUCUUGGCAAGCCAAGAAAGAAAAUGAGAGAGCUCGAAUAUGUUUCUGUGGAACCGUAUCUUUCUGGAAAAUUCCAAAACUUUAACAGUUCCAAGACGAAAAUGUUUGACUCCAUGGUCAUGAACGCUUAUUCUCAUUACACUUGGUGCUGCACGCAGGGAGAAUGUGUUGUUACAGGAAUGAAAGGUGUGAAACAAUUUGAAAACUAUUAUUUGACCGUACCAGUCGUUCAUUCUCGAGACCAAAAAUACGGUCGAACAGACAUGGGACAAAUGGGGAUAGAUAACUUCUUUGCUAAUCACCAGUGUAACGAUUUCUGUCGGAACCUGCCACGGUUGGAUGAACUGGCUUGCUUUCCAAAAGACUGUGACCUUGAUCUUGUAGCUUUUCAGCUAGAAAGCGCGGGAUUUUUCACCAAGAAAAUGAAUACAGAAUUUCUCGCAUCGCCAAGAAAAAUUGGCUCGACUGUUCAUUGCGAUAAACCUAGUCACUGUGUUUGUGAAUUCUUCCGCCUCCCUUGCCCACACAGGAUUGAACACACUUCCGGAUUAAUUUAUGCGAUCAAUCGUUCGUUUGUCCAAGAAAAGAGCAGAUAA